AUAUAUGCGUGGUGUGGCACCGUGGCGCGCGCCUCGGAGCAUUAUUUCGUGAACAAAAUACGAAACGUGCUUGUAGUGGAUAUAAAGGUGCUGCAGCACACACACUUUCUAAUCUGCCCCUCCACCUGGAUUUGUUACGUCACAGUGAGCGAGGUAGAAGCGACUCUCGACAGUGAGCCGAGUGCGUGUCUCGAGAAAAGGUUCAUUAGACCCUGGCUCUGGUGCUCACGCCGAGUGGCUUGUUGUGAGAAGAGGCGGCGAUGCCGUGACUAGUUAGCAUGUGAGCCGCGGCACGAAAGCAUGGCCGAGCAGCCGCUCCGUGAGGACGUCCCGCUGUCCGUGCUGGACGCGGGACACACCCGCAGACUGUCCGGCGCCAGGAGCAGCAGCCAGACGCGGCCGCUCUCGCAGCUUUCCAACGGAGCCGAAGUCACUGCAUUUGGGGAGAAAUCUGCGUCUGCUGCUGCCGACCCCACCAAGACGCCGCUGCUGAUGCCGGUCGGAUCCUCGACUCCAAUCGUGACCCCCAAACGCGCACAGCCGGCGAGGCCAUUCAACGGCAGGAAUUUAUACAGGGACCCGACCAGGAGACACAGCUCGCCCCGCAGGCAAAUCUCGCAGGUUUCCCGGACCCUCUCCGUCGAGCCGAAGAGCAAAUCUUGUUGUAGUGUAUCUAGAUGUUUUGUCGAACUGUUGUGGUUCCUGAUGGGACUGCGCCACUUUAUCGCCGAGGUGCCAUUGUUAGUCCUCUUAGUCAUCUCUCCGAGCGCCCUGGGCGCCCUUUUCUACAUGGGUCUCGUGUUCACCUGCCUGCCGGGCUUGGUCGCAACAAUCUCCAAUAUACGAAGCGGCAGGAAGUCCAAGAAGAAGACCAAAUGCAGUUUCCUUGUGAUGCAGAGCUUCUUCCUUUUGUUCCGCUUGGAAUCAUUUUUAAGACUGUUUGAGCUGGCUUGUCCAAGUCUGCGCACCAAGGGUAGACCGUGGCCAGCAAAGGUUGCGAUGGCGCAGGUGGUUUCGGGCUCUGCGGUGCAGCUGAUCCUGAACGCGGCUGACCUUGGAUGGUGCGCCAACUCAGGUCUCGUGCCGCCCACGACGCUGCCUCCGAACAUUGUCCAGUUUCGCGGCAUGGAAAGACUGUACCCCAACGAGAUUAACCCCCUCAAGCAUUGCGGCCCUUUGUUGAGUGGAUUCCAAACUGGGGUGCUUUUUGUGUCGGCAAUGCACAUCGGCUGGGCAAUCGCUGUGACCUCGAUGCCACCCCCAUUCCCCACUGAUAAGAGGGCCGCCGCCAUCACAGCCUCGAUUUGGUCCCUUUUACGGUCCACCAGUCUUGUCGCCGGCACUAUCGGAAACUUCCUCAUUGCAGGUUCAAGAUCAACGCUCGUGUUCAUGGCGGUGGGUGCCGGAGCGCCUCCGUGGAUAGUGCCAGUGGUGAUGGGUGCGUGGCUGGCGAUAAGACUGACGGUGCAGCUGGGCAUGCACGCGUGGGGCUCGGCGCCGAUGCCCAACCUGGCCGAGGCCCUCUUGUCCACCGUGGCGGUGCCUGUGGCAGCGACUCCUCGCCAAUUGGGCCGACGGUGCCUCUUAAUGGGCAUUCAGAACGUGGUGGUGCUCACGACGGUGGUGCUCAAGGCGCGCAACAAACCCGACAUGCUGUUCACCACCUACAGACUGGCUGUGCUGCAAGUGGUCGCUUUCUUCACUGGAAUUAUUUUCCUGCUCGUCAGAAUACGAUGGGUCGACCCUUCCAAGCCGUUGGCUGAGGGAAAGUGUUUUCAUCACAGAACUGACUUGCAUGACGACGCAUGAUGAAUUAUAAUAAAAUUCAUUGCAAGCAUUUAAAGAAAUGUAAAAAUAGAAAAUGUUAUGUGUUUUUUGCUCCAGUAUGCGAUGUAAUUGUAAUAAAUAUCAUAAAUUAUUGAAAUUUUGUUAAUAAA